GUUCCAGCAACCUCGCCCACUCGGAACAAAAUAUAAUUAUGUGAGACGCAAUUUUCACCUUUUCACCUUUAGUGACAUUUGCCACUUUCAUUUGAAAAUUCACCUUGUACUAUAUCAAGUAUGUAUGUGCAACCCGCAUUUUUGAGUUUGUGGUACUGUUUCACUUUUGAUUUUCCAGAUAAAUUUUCUUAACUAUUGUGGGUCCAAUAUUAUCAAAUAUCAUUCUUCAAGCCACAGACCUAAAAUCAUAUUCAAGGCAGGCGAGUCCCUUUCUCUCUCUUCUCGUGGGCCUUGAAUCAAGCUGCUUUAUGGAAAUAUCUAGUUGAAAUAUUGAGAAAACUAUUAAGUACUUUGCAAUGGAAGUUGAAGGUAGCCGACGGUCCGGUCACAUACGUUCUGAUCAUGACCCUUCCAGCAAUGAGCGUAGUCGGCACAAUUCUCAGAGGUACCAGCCCCACAGCAAGUGUUGUGCUGCGACAAAGCUGUGUUGGUGGGACCCAGACAUGGACGACAUCAACGACACGGUCGACUUUACUCAGGAAACUUCUUUACAUGGGCUCAAAUUUCUGUGUCAGCCACAACGCCACUUGACAGAACGAAUUUUUUGGUUGAUUGCAUUCAUAACAUCGCUAAUUAUCGCUGGGCUUCUAAUAAGCGAAAUAUGGAUUGCUUAUUUUAAUACCCCGGUCGUAGUUACAUUUCAGCCUUUCGAAACUACAAUUGACAAAAUUCCGUUUCCUGCAAUUACUAGUAAGUUUAAACUAGCAAAUUCAUAUGUACAUUACAUAAAGAAGUACAAGCACAUCAUAUUGAUUCCCAGUCUGCAAUAUGAACAAAGUGCAACGGAGGCGGCCAGUAGGAACGAUACGAGCCAAUACGUCAAAGAGGCUCAAAAGAACAUUUACUAUAUGGAGCAUGUUUGCUCGUCUUCCAAAAGUUUCAGCCAGAAAUUUAAUUAUUCUUCGCAUAGAGGAGAAAUAGCUGCCGAACUUCUGGACAAAGUCAAACUAAAAGACGAUGAAGAUGAGCAACGCGACGUAGCAAACUUUCUGAGACGGGCUUCUCAAAGCUGUGGGGAAAUGCUGCCUCUAUGUUUGUGGCAAGAUGAGGCGAUUAAUUGCACCAAAUUAUUUAAAGCGAUUGAGACAGAUUUCGGAAAAUGUUGUGUGUUUAAUAUGAUACCUCAAACAUUGUUGUCGCGAUAUUUAACGGAUGAUCGUGAAGAUAAAACUGAAAUUGCAGAAUGGUCGGCUUGGGACUAUGAAAAUGAUGGGUUGUUAAUCCGCGACUCUGAAAAACUAUCCAGGACAUAUCCUCGAAGGCAAUAUCGAGCCGGAAGGUCAUCUGGGCUUUCAGUUUUGUUAAAUCCGGAUCUCGAUGAUUACUUUUGUACUUCAAGUGACAGCCAAGGCUUUAGACUAGUUAAGCAUUUACCACUGGAUGUACCCCACGUGGUGGACUUCGGAAUUGCGAUUAGACCAAACUCAGAAAUUUUUAUGGGAUUGCGACCUGAGCUUACAAUUGCGGACCAAGAUAUUCGCAAUUUCAAACUUGAAAAACGAAACUGCUAUUUUCGGGGCGAAUAUCAGCUAGCUUACUUUAACCACUACACAACAUCUAAUUGUUUUGAUGAAUGUUUGGCUAAUAUCACGUAUUCACAAUGUGGAUGCGUUCGGUACUACAUGCCACGUGACGAUACUCGAGACCUUUGUGGGGCAAUGAAGUUCAACUGCGUAGAAGGAAUCCGCAGUAAGUGGGUCUUGGAAUCAUGGCUCAAAACCGGCAUUAAAGUAGAAUGUGGGUUUUGUCUCCCUACUUGUACCGAACUCGAGUAUUUUUCGGAAACAACAGUCACACCAAUCCAGAAAGGUAUCGACUUGUGGAUAGAUAAGAACAACCGUUCAGCAAGAUGGGCCAAGAAAAACGUAUCCAUCGUGCACAUCUAUUUCGCGUCUGACUCGAGCUAUGCUAAGGAGAGGAAGGAGCUUUAUAGUCUUACAAGCCUAAUUGCUAACACUGGUGGCUUAUUGGGCCUGUGUUUGGGCUUUAGUGGACUAAGCGCAAUAGAAUUGCUGUACUUUUACACUCUUCGAGCUUGGUGUCGAACACGAAGAAAGAAAACAAUUUGGGCGAUUGUAGCCAUGAAAUUACAUCGAAUGUGGUUGAGAACUCGUUCCGAUACUUACAACAAUGAUAAUAGCCAAACCAAUGGAUCAAAUCCGUCAUUUGUAUCUGAACACAACUGUACAGGAACUAACCAAAAUCAUAGCGGCAGUGCUUUUAUGGAAUUUGAACGACCCCGAAGCCGUAACUCAGAAGAUAACGUGAAUGAUGGGGAGAGCAUAUCGCACACUUCUAAACAAAACCCCUUCAUUGUAAUACCAGACAACUCUAAGCCGAGAUGGGGAGGUAAAUUUUCCGGGUUUGGAACUAGAUAUAGUAAUUCAUAAUAGAAUGAUCUAAAAUUGUUAUUUUAUUUUUAACCUUUUAAAUAUAACUUAACAUUUUAUUCGGCAUUAAA